UGACAGAUACCGAAAACUCCAUCUGUCUUCCCGGCGGCCUCUUCUAAUCUAAUUACGCAAAGUGAUUCGAGUCAUCGCGUACCAGCAGUUUUAUAAUGUAAUAUGCCUUUGUAAUUAUUUGACGAGCCGAGGUUACAACGCGCAUGUGUAACUUUUCUAGGUGAAACAGUCUAGCCAGCUAACUUUUAGGUGCUUCUUUCCAGAAACUAGGUUCGUCUCUUGUCGCGGGAUAAAAUUAUUGUCCGCUGAUGUGGAUGUUUUCUGGAUUCAAAACUCUGUGACAUCUAGAAAAUUCUACCUUGUUUACCUUACUCUCGUCAAUCGAAUAAUCUGGAAAUAUUCUGUUUGUUACUCCAUAACCAUGCCAAUAUCGAUAUUUGUACGAGCAAUGUGAUUUCGCAUUGAUAUUAUAAUUGAACCAGAAAUCUUUAUGCCUAGUAGACACUCUACAGUCAUAAUGGUGAAAAUAGCGUUGCAGAUCACAUGCAGACUCGACAAUAUUGAGGAACUUAGGCCAUCGGGAUCUGAGUUCAGAUGGUAUCUAAAGUUCACUUGUUGCAACUGCGGAGAGACAUCGGACAAGUGGAACUACGUCUCUGCUGAUGAACCGGUGCGUCCAGCAGUUCGUGGCAGUGGCCUCUGUCACUUUGUGAUCAAAUGCAAACUCUGCUCCCGAGAGAACUCUAUGAUGAUAAUAGAGGACUCCAUUCAGUCUUUUACCCAGGAUAAUCAAGGACAAUUUAAGACAAUUGUCGUAUUCGAUUGUCGAGGACUAGAACCCUCUGACUUCUCCGCGAGAGAAGGAUGGGUGGCCAAGGCUGUCGACGGAGGUAAAGAGUUUGACGAUGUAGAUUUGAGCGAAGGUGAAUGGGAGGAUUACUGCGACAAGAUUAUGCAACCUGUUGGAAUAUACGAGAUUAAGCAUAAGUUUGAGAGAAUUAAAUAGAUACAUGCUUUAGAUAUACAGCAUUUAAAUAUAAACAUUUCAAUUGCCUAAA